UCAUCAAGUGGAUUUGGUACGCACACAACUCCAGUCAGAGGCUAAAAUAUAUUACUGAGCAGGUGGUAAUGGGAGGAGAGGCUGUGUAACACAGAGAAGAGAAAGGAAGGGAGAGGAGCGUGUGAGGCAGCUCUCUGCUUGCGGAAGUACCUCCUAGCCACAACUUACAGAUCCUCUCCUGAACCAUGGCUCUCUCUGCCCCAGCUGGGACUCUUAUUUUGCUGUUCUUUCUCUCCUCUCUUCUACAUGGCUGUUCCCCCUCUUCCACCACGGAGGAAUGCACUGGCGUCCGGCUGCGCUCCUUUACGCUGAUGUCCAAGUGUAAUUUCACCACCCUGAACGACAAGCAGACCAAGGAGGUGCAGGCUUCCACCACUGUGCUCUACAUACCCAUCCUCUACAUAAUUACCUUCACUCUGGGCCUCCCGGCUAACCUCCUGGCACUGUGGGUCCUUCUGUUCCGUACCAAGAAGCUGCCCUCCACCAUCCUCCUCAUCAACCUCACCGCCACCGACCUCAUGAUACUGAUGGUGCUCCCUUUCCGCAUCGUCUACCACUUACAGGGCAACGACUGGGCCUUCGGUGAGCCAUUCUGCCGCGUGGUCACGGCGCUCUUCUACGGCAACAUGUACGGCUCGGUGCUGUGUCUGGCAUUCAUCGCUGUGGACCGGUACGUGGCUUUGGUGCACCCUUUCGGUGCCAAGACCCUCCGCAGCCGCCGCACCUCUUUCUACAUGAGCCUAUGUGUGUGGGUGGUGGUGUUGGCUGCCAUGCUGCCUCUCCUCAUCUCGCGCCAGUCCUACACACUGGAUGAGCCGCGCAUCACAACCUGCCAUGACGCGCUGCCUGAGGAGGUGCACGAUAACUACUUCCUGCCCUACUUCCUCACACUCUUUUUUCUCAGCUUCCUGCUCCCCCUUCUGGUCGUCCUCUACUGCUACGUCUCUGUGAUACGCACCCUGGUGGCAGGGGGCCAGCGCUACGCCCACGCCAUGCGUGUCACCAUGUUGGUCCUGGUGGUGUUUGUGGGCUGCCUGCUGCCCAGCAACGUCCUCCUCCUCCUGCACUACUCAGACUCCUAUCUGGUGGACAAUGGAGAGGAUCUGUAUGUGCCCUACAUGGUUAGCCUAGCCGUUAGCACGUUGAAUAGCUGCAUUGACCCCUUCAUCUUCUACUACAUCUCCGACGACUUCAGGGACAAGGUCGUGAUGGUGCUGUGUUGCCACGGCAACAACGGGAGAGACUCGUCCACGGGGAAUCAGGUGGCCUAUUCGUCCUCCUUAAAGGGGACACAAAGGUCAAAGGUCAUACUGCUGUCCAUGUCUAGUCAGAGGCCGGGGACGUCAGAGGGGGAGGCAGCAUGAGGCCAAUAGGCAAUAGAGGCCUAGACAUAUAGACACCUAGAUCAGACUCAGGCUCACUCCAUUGUUGUGGCACGCAAUGUUUUCCUAUGGUAUAUGUGAGACAUCUCAUGUAUACAUUCAGUGACUCGGUAUACACAGCUAUACCAGAUGUGAGGACUUGUCAUAGACAACUCCAAAUGGAUGGUCUUCCUUUGCCAUUUCCGUGCCAUUCCCAUAAACAAGCAGUCAAUGGAGGGAGGUGGAGGAUUAAGUCUUUAGGAAUCAUCAUCACGUAGGGAUACAGAAGUAAAGGGCACUGGAGAUAGGGGUGAGGGCUAGUGGGUCUGGACAGGUGUGAUAUAGUUAUGUUUGUAUUUGUAUGUUUUGUAUUGUUUAGGCGAAUAUCCUACUAUAGAUUCUUUACUGACAAGAAUAUCUCAGAGUACAGAAUCAGCAGUACAGUAUUACAGCUAUGUGGUAAUUGUCUGCGGAAUAUAGACUGCAUAGCUUGUAGCUGUGAGGUCACCAACAGCAUAUCACGUAAGUGAUGCCACCAUUUGUUUCUAUUUAGACUUCUUGGCCAAAUUCAGGCUUGUCCAUGUAAAAAUGGGCAGGCAUUUGGAAUGCAUUCUGUUUAUACCAGGUGUGACUGACUGCUUAUGUCUGGAACCAAUUCAAGUUUUGGACAUUUCCUUCAUGAAUUAUAGAUCCUAGAGUAUGUUUUCAAGGUAAAGUAUUUAGUUACUAAAACAUCAUGUGGCUUUGUCAGAAUGUGUACCGUUAAUUUAGUAAUUAAAAAUGUACAACACCC